AAUCGGAAAAUGGCAGCGACGAGUGUUGUCGUUCUCGACCGUGGAAAUAAUACAACUUGUACCGUAAAUCUUUUCGGAGCUACGGUUGUAUCAUGGAGGGUGAACAACCAAGAACAGUUAUUUGUAAGUAAACAAGCAGUGUUCGAUGGCAAGCGAGCGAUACGAGGAGGGAUACCUUUUGUGUUUCCUCAAUUCGGACAAUGGGCAUUCGGACCGCAGCACGGCUUCGCGCGGAUAGCGCGCUGGCAUCUAGAGAAGGCGCCAGAGCGGCUCCCCAGCGGCGACGUGGAGGCCGUGCUGUGUCUCAUAGACGACGACUUCACACGCUCCAUGUGGCACUUCCAGUUCAGACUGACGUACCGACUGAUCCUCCGCGAGAAGGAACUCCACUUCAACAUCGGCGUGUACAACCCAAGCAAGGAACUGACGUUCAGCUGCCAGCUCCUCCUGCACACGUACUUCAAGGUGCCAGACGUGCGCCGCUGCCAGAUCACCGGCAUGCACGGGUGCAUGUUCAUUGACAAGACGCGAGAAGGCACAGUGUACCAAGAAACCCGGGAAGUGGUCACCAUCAACGAAUGGACGGAUCGCAUCUACCAGAACACGAUGCAGGAACACAUCAUCACCAACGUCGUCAGCGGCCGCAAGAUGCGGAUACAGAAGUACAACUUCCCUGACACCGUGAUCUGGAACCCCUGGGCGGACUACGCCAAAGAGAUUCCUGAUUUCGGCGACGACGAGUUCCCGAAUAUGGUGUGCGUGGAGGCCGCUCGCGUCGCCGCUCCAAUUGUUCUACUACCCGGAACUGCCUUCGAAGCUUCGCAAAUACUACAGGUGAUGUAAGCAGAUGGCGGUCCC